CGCCCAUCUGGCCCUUCCCCCUCCUCACCCGUUCUCUCUCUGACGCCUCUCUUCCGGUCUCUAACAAGACGAGUGGCCAAAACAAGACCCCGAGCUUGAAGGGCGAAACAUCCAGAUCUCCAGGCUAUUUUGACUAGUCCUCUGCUCGACCAUUACACAGUCUCGACCUCAUUACCUUCUGUGCCUUCCCUCCACCGCUCCCACAUUCUUUUCCCAAUUCAAUACCUCUCCCACAUCCUCGCACAGGUCCCUCCACAUAUGCUCAAGUCAUGGUCUUGCGACAGUGUACCGUAUGUGGCCGCCGUUUCACAAAGACUGAACACUUCAAGCGCCACGAGCGCUCUCACACGCGUGAACGUCCCUAUCCAUGUACUAUCUGUGACAAGGCUUUCUCUCGCAGCGAUGUCUUGUUCCGGCAUAUGAAAUGCCAUGCCCAAAAGAACGACAAAUCAACUACUGCCAAUGCUUCCUCUCGUAGGAACACCAUCUCAGAGGGCGUCCCCCCUCAGCCUUCCCAGGAUGAUUUCAACAUCAACUCUCCUGGUGCUUUGGCCAAUGGACCUCAUACGGGUAUUCCCUUGAUGCAGAUUCUCUCUCCCAGUAACUACCUCUCUCAGACCGGGAAUGAUCCUUCUCAACCUGCCAGACAAUCUUCGCUAGAUGUGUCUAACCCUUUUCUUGAUUCCUCGUCGAAUCCUGGCAAUGCUCUUAGCAUGCAGCUCCCUGGCUCGGCGUGGACGAUGCCCUCCCCCAUCACCACCAUGAACAACAAGACUUCAAGUUCUUCACACGGUCUGAAACAGUCUCCAUCGCAGAACAGCGGUGAAGUGUCGACCUUUGAAACUUCAAUCACUAGCCCCCACAACCCUGGACAGACUCCCAGAUCCGAGAUUGUGCCCAACCAAUUUUCGGACAGCCAUCUUGAGUGGCUUCCUCAACCGGACAAUCCCAGCACCAGCAAUUUUCACGAUCCUUUCCAGAUGUGGUUGUUUCCUUCGCUCGGUGAUCUGGAUCAAUCUCCCGACUUCCUGCAAACCUAUGGCAUUCCUGACCCUCAGCAGCCGUACCAGGACUCAAAAGAUUUGGUGAACGGCAGAGCCUAUGACCCUGCGGACAGGACGAAAAAUAUCGCCAAAGUUCCACGAGAACGCUUCUCUAGGGUUCAGCGAUGUUGGAACCCACGUCCAGGCCGUGCCCAUCGAAUCAUGCCAGUUCUCUGGAGGGAAGUCGCAUCAUCACCAAUGGAUAAUCUAUUCUCGGAAUCGCCUAUCACAGAUGACUUUCGGACCGCGUCGAAUUGGGGUCUCGACACUGAAUGUCGAGUUCGAUUGAGAGACACAUUCCGCACUCCCGCCCCGUCAGCAUAUCACUCGCCUAAACUGCAAGCAGUCGUUGAUCCAGCUCUCUCCUCACAACAGCCAGCGAACGAAGAAUUCCCUCCCGCCGAAAUUCUCGACAUCGCGCUAGGCCUUUUCUUCCGCCGAUUUCACCCUACCGUCCCAUUCAUCCAUAUUGCAACGUUUUCUGUUCGGAAUACUCCUGCACAAAUGCUAUUCGCAAUAUGUCUUGUUGGUUUGAGCAUUCUGGGAACCACCGGUGCCACCAGAUUCGUAUCGAAGAUGUUUCCCAGCUUUUUACAACGUGUUUGUAAUGAUUUAUCAGCCUCUGCAGGAUGUUCUGCAACACCGACACAACAAAUGGUUUUGUUUGCAACGGGGUUACUGACGUUGAACUUGUCUGUUAUCACUGGGGAUAAAGAUUGCUUUAAUCAGAGUCAGAUGCUUUAUGUCAGUCUAUUGGCUAUGGUCCAGCAAAACGGGUUGUUCGCCGCCGGUGAUGGACAAUCCCUCGAUGCGCUUCUAUCCGAAAUGUCGGAAUCCGACGAUCGUUGGAAAGCGUGGAGUCGGAUAGAGUCGGCCAAACGUCUGAUCCUCGGACUGCUGCUUUGCGAUUCGUGGUUCUCAAAUUUGUUGUCCAAGGCCCCGAUUGUGAGAUCGGAGUCGGUCUGCGUCGUGGCGCCUUGCGAUGAAGCCCUCUUUCAAGCCAAAUCCGCGACUCAAUGGCAAUCGCUGCUUCGUAGCGGGAAGAGCCAGAGUGCCCCAACGUUCAGGAUCGAGGACCUGCACAAGCAUGAUAUGGCACCGAUAGGGAAGUUAGGGUACCUGGGGCGUUCAUCACUGCUCGCAUUACUCCAGAUCCAGGUUCUUGAAGCUUAUCAACGACUCAUGCCUCCGGAUCAAUUGACCAUUGGGUCAUACAUACCCUGGCACGUCUAUGCUGGCGAUGCACGCGCGAGCACACUUGUACCAGCGCUGCUUGCGGCCACUCACACCGCGGGCCCACUCUCGAAAGUCGACGACACGAAUUGCAUUGUUCUCUGGCACAGUCUAUGCGUCAUGCUCUUGUCAGAUUUUAGGAUGUUUGAGUUGGCGGCCGGUCGACACGGAGCUGCCCCUGCGACCGGUGCACUCGAGAGCAUCUCCCAAUGGAGCCAAACUCAAGCGGCGCGCCGGGCGUGCGUACACGCAGCGCAGAACUUCAAACUCAUGUCUGAGCGCCGAGUCAGCGACAAUGUGACAAUCCAUAGCGUAACAGCACUGUUCGCCUCCGCACUCGUGUUGGGUCUCUAUCUCUUCAUGGUCAACCCGAGCUCGGGUCGGCAGGGCACCGCGCCCGUGGAGCUAAUGGACGCGGACCCCGACUGGGCCGAGUUGGGCGAUAUGGGCUUCAAAGAUGAGAGUCUGGACCCGACAGCGGCCGAACGAAAUCUGACCACGAACCGCGAGGACGAGCACUUCAGUUUGGUGUAUCAAUUCGUCAAGUACGGUGGCGCCCUGUCCUUGGGCGGAGUGGCACAUAGUGGAGGAUACGAGGGUGCCAGGAGGGUGUUGUUGGAUUUUGCAAACCUGAUGGACGGGAUCAGCGGCAGGAGGCUGAGGACGUUUACCCAAGUGUUGCAUAUCAUGAGCGACGAUUUGAUGAAUGUGGAUCCGGCAUUGUAGCCAUUUGGACGAGGCUGAGAUAUGCAAAGGGGGUUAAAACAGACGCUGUGUGUGCUGGACAUCCUGAGCCGCCGAUUUGAU